AUGUCUCUCUCUAAUAGCAUGGCGCAACUGCCAAUUGAGCUGCUCCAAACAUGGCAUGCACAUCGCUUUUCACUGCUUUUCACUGCUGUAGUCGUGGCCGCUGUCCUUCGUCUCUGCGUCUGCACGCGUGGUCGUCGCGACAAGGUUUCCGUGUCGCCCACACCAUCAUCGCCUGUCGAGAAGAAGGUCGUCGAGCUGAGGCCUGAGUGGUUACCCGAAAACACUACUACCGUCAAUCCUCCAGAACUGAAUAUCGAUGGCCAUGCAGAGGACAGCACAAAGACUGCUGCCAGUCUAGUCAAGCCAAAGAAGGGCCCCAAGACAGUCAAGGGAAACAAAGUUCCGAGGAAGAAGAAGACGGUUCCUGCACCAUCGUUCGAUCACAAAGCAGACAAGAUACAACCAUUAGUCUUCUUUCAGUCACUGUCUGGGACCACGGAGCGCUAUGCUGCGCAAUUCGCGAACACCCUCACCGAAUGGACCGCUGGCUGCGAUCAGUCCUCGUCGUUUCUUGCGCCCGAGACCCACGAUAUCUCGUACAUCGAACAUGACGACUACUUCAUUACGCCGCCAAAAGCAGACGCGAACGUCAAGUUCUUCUACAUCAUUCUCGUACCGACAUAUAACAUCGACACUGUUCUAGACAUAUUCAUUGAGAGUCUUCAAGAAACACAUAAUGAUUUUAGAAUUGAUACGGCGCCCUUGAGCGGACUGCUUGGAUACUCUGUAUUCGGCUUCGGAGACCGAGAGGGAUGGCCAACCGAGGAGGAGGGCUUCUGCAGUCAAGCAAGGGAAAUUGACAAGUGGAUGGCAAGGCUAACGGGCAGAAAGAGGGCCUACCCAUUAGGCAUGGCAGAUGCUAAGAAGGAAGCCGAAGACCGCAUGCAAGAGUGGCGGGUAGGUGUCCAAGAAGCUCUCGUUGAACUUGCAGAGGGUCGAGGCUUGGGCGAAGGUGUUCCUGGCAGCGGGGAUCCGGCGGAGAGCGACGAAGAAGACACAGACGAUGCAGAAGACAUCGCCGCCCAAUCGACCCGCGUCGACGAUGUAGAGGAUCUCGGCGGCAUGGUCACCACCAAUUCCUCCACGACGGCCAUCCCAAUCGACUUCACAACCUACAAAUCCGCCUCCAAAUCCAAAUCGGCGCCUACAUCUGCCCCCAAAGAAAUGGUUCCCACAACCUCCCCUACACACGCCGCCCUCACGAAACAAGGCUACUCAAUCAUUGGCUCCCACUCUGGCGUCAAAAUCUGCCGCUGGACAAAAUCCGCCCUUCGCGGCCGAGGCUCCUGCUACAAGUACUCCUUUUACGGCAUCGCAUCCCAUCUUUGCAUGGAAGCCACACCAUCCUUAUCCUGCUCCAACAAAUGCGUCUUUUGCUGGCGCCACGGAACCAAUCCUGUAGGCACGACAUGGCGCUGGAUCACAGAUGCGCCCGAGAUGAUCUUCGACGGCAUCACAGCCGCCCACUACAAGAAGAUUAAAAUGAUGAAAGGCGUGCCCGGCGUACGAGCCGAGAGAUUCGCAGAAGCCAUGCGUAUCCGCCACUGCGCCCUCAGUCUCGUCGGCGAACCCAUUUUCUACCCGCACAUCAACGAACUGCUCACCAUCAUGCACAAACACCGCAUCUCCACCUUCCUCGUCUGCAACGCCCAGCACCCCGCCCAGCUCGCCGCCCUCAUCCCCGUCACCCAACUCUACGUCUCCAUCGACGCCUCCAACAAGGACUCGCUGCGGAAAAUCGACAGGCCCCUCCACCGCGACUUUUGGGAGCGCUUCUGCGCCUGCCUCGACAUCCUGCGCAACCGCCGCUUCGAGCAGCGCACCGUCUUCCGCCUCACGCUCGUCAAGGGCUUCAACAUGGCCGAGGAGGUAAAAGGCUACGCCGACCUCGUCCAGCGCGCCCUCCCGGGCUUCGUCGAAGUCAAAGGCGUCACCUACUGCGGUACCUCGGCCGCCGGCUCCGCAGGCCUCACCAUGCAAAAUGUCCCCUUUUACGAAGAAGUCGCCGCCUUUGUCACCCAGCUCGAAGCCGAACUCCGCGCCCGUGGCCUCGCCUACGGCAUCGCGGCCGAACACGCACAUUCCUGCUGUAUCCUGCUGGCCGACGAGUCGCGCUUCUCGCGCCAGGGACGCUGGGCCACGCGCAUUGAUUUCGAAAGGUUCUUUGAGCUGUGUGAGGGGGUUGUGCAGGGGACGAGGAGGGAGGGUGGUCAGGUGGUUGGCUGGAGGCCGGAGGAUUAUCUGGGUGAGGAUACGCCUGAGUGGGCGCUUUGGGGGAAUAAGGGGUUUGAUCCGAGGGAUCAGAGGGUGUAUCGGAAGGGCAAGGGACCGAGGGUUGAGGAGGGGGGUGGUGGCGGGAAGGAGGAGGUGAAGAGUGUGGCGAAGGCGUUGGAGUUUUGA